AGUUCGCUACUUUCUCGGGAAAUGCCAAGUAUUGGUGUGAAACUGUAUAGCGUAUUCUUCAAAUUCAUGCUCAAGCAUCGUUUGCAGAGCCGAUUGCAGGCUCCGGAAAACGAUGCUAUCGGUGGCACCGGCGGUACCUUUGGGGUGACGUCACGGCCGGCGGAGGAGACAGCGGCGGCUGCCAAUCCUUUGUUCACCGAUGGCGUCGCGACCAAGGAUGUUCAUAUCGAUCCCGUGACUUCGGUAUCUGUUCGUGUUUUUCUUCCUGAAACCUGCCUUAAUUUCCCCGACUCGAAAUCGAAAUCUGGAGGUCCCUUAUUAGAUCAAAAUCGGUCACUUACUCGUCGAUAUAGUCACGGAUCGUCGGAUAAUAGUGUUGUUUCCGGAAGUAAUGCUGUGAUUGUGAAGAAUGUUGAUAGCAGUCUUAGAAGAAGUAGUUAUGGAUUUAGUGUUGAUGAUGCGAAUUUGAAAUCUGAAAAUGGAACCUACAGAGGGUAUAAUCCUGUUGGGAGAGGCAGUCGGCGGUUGCCGGUGAUGCUGCAGUUUCACGGUGGGGGUUUUGUUAGUGGGAGCAAUGAUUCGGUGGCGAAUGAUUUCUUCUGUAGGCGGAUUGCGAGAUUGUGCGAUGUGAUUGUGUUGUCGGUGGGCUAUAGGCUGGCUCCGGAGAAUAAGUACCCAUCUGCAUUCGAGGAUGGAUUGAAAGUGCUGCACUGGCUUGCAAAGCAGGUGAAUUUGGCCGAAUGUACCAAGUCGUUGGGAAGUUCGAAAGGAGCAGGGGUCGAUUUGAGGAGGUCAGAGGGUAAUUGGCAUGUCGCCGAUGCAUUUGGAGCUUCCAUGGUGGAGCCCUGGUUGGCUGCUCAUGGAGAUCCAUCUAGAUGUGUACUUCUCGGUGUGAGUUGUGGAGCAAAUAUUGCUGACUAUGUGGCAAGGAAAGCUAUAGAGGCCGGUAAGCUUUUGGACCCAGUAAAGGUGGUAGCCCAGGUUCUGAUGUAUCCCUUUUUCAUCGGAAGUGUCCCAACACACUCAGAGAUAAAACUCUCAAACUCCUACUUCUACGACAAGGCAAUGUGCGUACUCGCGUGGAAACUCUUCCUACCAGAGGAGGAGUUCAGCCUGGACCACCCUGCUGCCAACCCGCUAGUCUCUGGCCGAGGGGGCCCUCCUCUGAAGAAGAUGCCUCCAACCCUGACCGUGGUGGCCGAGCAUGACUGGAUGAGGGAUCGAGCGAUCGCCUACUCAGAGGAGCUUCGCAAGGUGAAUGUCGAUGCUCCUGUCCUCGAGUACAAGGACGCUGUCCACGAAUUCGCUACGCUUGACAUGCUUCUCAAGACCCCCCAGGCUCAGGCCUGCGCCGAGGACAUUGCCAUCUGGGUCAAGAAGUUUAUCUCGUUGCGCGGCCACGAGUUCUCUUAUUGAUCGGUGAGCAUCUGUUGUUGGAGUUUGUAAGAUCUGUAUUUGUAUAUGGCUCUCCAAAAGGAUAGGAAUCAAGCUAGUUGGUUGGUGGUUUCAUUCCCACUUUGUCCUUGUUUCUUACAAGAGGGGUAUCUGAGAUCAGAAUCUAGCUCUGUUCACAACUUGUCGAUGAAUUUUGGAUGCUAUGCUGUCUUAUUCUUUUUUAUGUAAAAUAGGUAUAAUAAAAAUUAGUCAAAAGUGAUGAGUUGUGUAUCAUCCUUGAAUACAAUGAAUAUGAUCUUUUAUUCUUUUUUUA